CUACCUCUGGUGAGGGGCUUUCCCCACAGUUUCAGUGAAGACUAGAGUCCCCAAGUUAAGAUGCAUAGGUACAAAAAAGCCUGGUUUUCCCAAAGUGUGAGCAGACACAUUUGUGAUCUUUGGGUCAGUGAAGGUGGGAUUAUUACAAACUGGUGUUCGGCUGAUUUCUUAUUUAGUAGCGAUGCUUCUCAUCCUGACACGCAGAGGAUCUUUGAGAGUUUGGAUUUUGUGGAGAACAAGGCCACUGUUUUUCAUGCUAGUUAUCUUAUAGCAUGUGAGGAGUCUGGGUUCAGGGACAGUGUGGCCAUGGGCCAUUUUCUUCUUCCUCCUUCGUGUCUCCAUGAAGAAAUUAGAGCAGCGAUUGGCAGUUUCAUUUGGGAAAAGGAAAGUCCUUUGCAUCUUCAGCAGCCAAAAACAUUGGCCAAAAGAUUAGAGAAGAAUUCCGUAGGGUCACCAGUCUCGGUAUUUUCUGGAAAACUGAUGAUCCUUAAAUUUUUCCUCCUGCUGCAUCCUUCCAGAAACCAGAAUUUAGUCAUUGAGGCACCACCAUUUGAAGCUGCAUCAUGUCACAGUCAACAGAUGUACCCUGUAAACAACAUGGUCACUGGUUUUAUCUCCAUUGAUGAACUGAAGAAGUAUUCAGGGGAUUUAUACGACUUCAUUCCUGGGUGCACACAUUAUUCAGUGUGUCGCAUUCAAAGAGAAAGGAACAUCUUCUCAGUUCUGAAAUCCAAGAAACGGAACCCCACUUUUAUUCAUACACAUUAAACAGAGCUGAAAUCGGCCUCAGUUGGAAGGAUUUCAGUCACUACCUGUGAUGAUUUAAGGCUUGGCAUAAUGAA